GGAAAAGAGAGAGAGAGAGACUUGCUCUUCCAGGAAGGGACUAUUAACCAGCGCGCUGCCGACGCAUGAAGGGAAAACACACGCAGACAAAAGAAGUUUUCUCCCCGACCGCCGCGCCAUGGAGCCGGCCAGCAGAUAACAGGAAGAGAGCAAGACGCGGCGGGUUAUGUCAGGAAAACAACCAGACAACUAAAGCCGAACAACUUCCCCCAGCACAACACGCCGAGCGGCGGGCUGCCGCGGAGGGUUUCUACCGGGAACACGCGGAGGGAAAGAAGAGGGCGCCGCGGAAAAGUGGAAGGAGCUGGAGAGAAGUUGACGGGAGAUCAUGUCUGAAUCCUCCUCGGCUGCGAGCAAGCAGGAGAGGAGCUCUUUCAGUCCUUCCGCGAACCCGCUGCCAAACUCCACUUCCUCCCCCGUCCAUGCUCCCGCCGCCAGGCCAGCCAGCCGAAUGGAGGACGAGCCCGCCAGGCUGCCUGCACACCUGCGUCUGCAGCCGGUGUUCUGGAGCCGGGAGGACGUGGCCCAGUGGCUGCGCUGGGCCGAGAAGGAGUUCGCCCUGCGGCCGAUCACCAGCGGCUCCUUCCAGAUGAACGGCAAAGCGCUGCUGCUGCUCACCAAGGAGGACUUCCGGUACCGGUCGCCCCACUCCGGCGACGUCCUGUACGAGCUGCUGCAGCACAUCCUGAAGCAGAGGAAGCCUCACGUCUUCUACCCGUCGGCCUACUUCCCCGGCAGCUCCUUCCACUCGCUGCCCGACAGCGCCGCGCAGCACCUGAAGCUCGAAGAGACGGUCCGGCGGGCGCCGCGAGGCUCCGAGCCGCUCCCCCAGCACCCGCCCACCAUCGAGCUGCGGCACCGUUCACGCUCGCCCUACGGCGCCGCCGCACGCCGCUCCCCGCCGGAGCCCGGCCACCCGCGCGGCGCCGCCGCCGGGGACGACCACCUGCAGGCCUUCUCCCAGCUGCCCGACAGCAACCACCACCUGUCCUCCGAGGAGAUGUACCCGCUGUCGGUGUCGCCGCCCGCCGCGCCCAACGGCCGCUGCGUCACGCCCCGAGAGGCGCCCUGCAGCCCGGGGGGCCAGGAGGCGGGGCCUCCUCCUCUUCGCGUCAUCCAACUCAUGCCCAGCGCCACCAUGAACCCCUUGCUCCUCAGCCCGAGCAGGGGCGGCGGCGCCGUGGACUUCAGGCACGGUCGCGGCGGAGAGCAGGAGAACGGCCGCGACGGGAAAGUUCACGGCCUCCACCACCAGAUGGCGCUGUCCCAGCAGCAGCAGCACGAGGAGGCGCUCUACAGGAGCCACGGCAUCAUGCCCGUGUCGCCGCCGGAGGAGCCGCAGAUGCCCAUCGGCCGGAUAGCAGACUGCAGGCUGCUGUGGGACUACGUCUACCAGCUCCUGUCAGACAGCAGGUACGAGAACUACAUCCGCUGGGAGGACACGGAGAGCAAAGUCUUCCGCAUCAUGGACCCCAACGGCCUGGCCAGGCUCUGGGGGAAUCACAAGAACCGGACCAACAUGACGUACGAGAAGAUGUCGCGAGCACUGAGGCACUACUACAAGCUGAACAUCAUCAGGAAGGAGCCCGGACAGAGGCUGCUCUUCAGGUUCAUGAAGACUCCCGACGAGAUCAUGAACGGCCAGACGGACCGGCUGGAGCACCUGGAGUCCGACACGGACGAACAAAUCUACAUCAAAGAGGAAUGCUGAGGAAGAAGAAGAAGAAAUGAGUUCAUGGACUACUUCCUCCUCACGGGAUGCCUUCAGGAGCAGCUGGAGACCGCGCCGCCCAACCCGGAGCGCCUGGGCGUUCCUCACAGACGGACAUGACAUCUCUCUCUCUCUCUCUCUGUCUCUCUCUCUCUCAAAGAUUGCCUUCGGGAUGAUCUUCUUUCCUAAAAGUAAAAAGAAAGAAAAAGAAAUCUGGCACCAGUUGCUUCCCCCCCGAUGGGCGGAGCCUAAAAGACUUUCCCAGUGUUCCCUUUCUGUUUCUGAAUGAACUGCAAAAGCCAAUCACGACGUGCUUGAGUCACUUUGAUGAUCUUAGUCUCCUCACGCCCCUUAUUCUGGAGAUAUGCUGUUUGUAAAAAGAGAAAGUGUGUGUGCGUGUGUGCGUGUGUGUGUGUGCGCGUGUGUGUGUGCGGCUGGAAUGUUUUCACCAUGGAAUAAACAUUUUUGAUCAAACCGA